CAGUCGUGAGCAGGGCGGCCGGUGUUUCUCCUCGCGCGGCGUCUCCUUUCGGCGGCCAUGGCUCUGCUCUGCUACAACCGGGGAUGCGGACAGCGCUUCGACCCCGACGCCAACACGGAGGAGUCAUGCAUAUAUCACCCAGGAGUACCCGUCUUUCAUGAUGCUCUUAAAGGCUGGUCAUGCUGUAAAAGAAGAACGACAGACUUUUCUGAUUUCCUAAGCAUUAUGGGUUGCACCAAGGGUUUCCAUAAUAGUGAGAAGCCUCCUGAACCAGUCAAACCUGAAGUGAAAACUACCUCUGAACGAAAAGAAUUAGCUGAUCUGAAACCUAAAUUUCAAGAGCACAUAAUUCAAGCACCAAAGCCAGUAGAAGCAAUUCGAAGGCCAAGUUCUGACGAACCAAUGAGCUGCUUGCAGAUGAAAGUAUCAGCUUCCUUGAAACAAGCAUUGGAAAAGCUAAAACUAUCAUCAGAAAAUGAAAUUAAAAAGGAAGAAGAUGGUGAUGAGAUAAAGAUUGGGACUACGUGCAAAAAUGCAGGCUGUUCAAAGACAUUUGAAGGAUCAGACAGCAUGGAAGACACGUGCACAUACCAUGCUGGCGUGCCUAUAUUCCAUGAAGGGAUGAAGUACUGGAGUUGUUGUAAGAGGAAAACAACAGACUUUAAUACUUUUUUGUCUCAAGAGGGCUGCACAACAGGAACACAUGUAUGGAUUAAGAAGGAUGCUGGGAAGAAGGUGGUCCCAUGCAGACACGAUUGGCAUCAAACUGGAGGUGAAGUGACUAUUUCAAUCUAUGCGAAAAAUUCCAUUCCGGAACUUAGCCGGGUAGAAGCAAACAGCACAUUAUUAAAUAUUCGUAUUGUGUUUGAAGGUGAUAAGGAGUUCAAUCAGAAUCUGAAUUUAUGGGGUGUGAUUGAUGUGAAAAGAAGUUAUGUAAAUAUGACUGCUACAAAGAUUGAGCUCACUAUGAGGAAAGCUGAGCCCAUGUUAUGGGCAGGCUUGGAACUCCCAGUGUCUAAAUUGCAACACAAAGAGCCUCAAAACAUUGCAGAACAAGCUUGAAAUCUGAAAGAGUCUGGCUGCUGUGCCUGGUGACAUGGUGACUUGCUGUUUUAACACGAAUUGAUUUUAUAGGCAGUCACUUUUUAAAACUUUUCAUUCCAGCUCAAGCGUAGUGCAUGGCUUCUUAUCAGUGUGGCAGAUCACUGGUUUCGUUGUACUGACUCCUUAAUUUCCCCAAUUAUGGCUGAUGCUUGUGGAAACCUUGCAAAUGUCAGAGUUUUCUGUCAUCUUAUCAUAAAGGAAGCAUAUGUUUUCAUUGGCCCAAACUAAAUACAUCUAGAAGCUAAUCAUCUCUAGCAUCUUCCAAGAAGCAGCCUCUUGUAUAAUGAAAAUCCAAGCUAAUUUUCAUAAGGUAGCUGGAUGCUUGCAAGCAUUCCUGUUUCUCAGUCUGUAGCAAGGAUAGCACAAAGGAUUAUUGCUGUGUAUCUGUAUCAUCUUUUUUUAUGUUAAUCCGUGCAGAAAUGGAAUGGUGGUAAAAAAUCUGAUGGUUUUAGACUCGUCUGGGCAUAAAGUUGGUAAUUCUUCUCUUUUUUAUUCCUUGGAAUUCAGGAAAUAUAUUGCUGUCAUUGAGCUGCUAAGUAACCUCUGUGCACAUAUUCAGAAAGCUGAGGCUUUCCAAGACACCAAGAUAGCUAAAGCAGGCAUUAAAAACGUUGGGUCCUCGGGCAGUUGUCUCGUUUGCUUCUCUUAGGCCUUGCCCUUAGCCGUAGAGGAAAUUAGCACACACACAACGCUCAGCUAUUUGUCUUGUGGUUCAACUUUUAUAUUUGCACAUCUGAGACUGAUGUUGAUGGCUGUGUUGUUCUGAUCAGUUUUUCUGUCUCUUGUGAUAAGGCAGAUGAGGCAUCUAGGUAUGCUGAGACUGCGGUAUUCUCUGUUAUCCCUUCCAUCCCUAUGUAUUUCGGUUUGCUACUUUCACUCUUGCUGGGAGUGUGGGUUUUAAUGGGGGUAGGGGAGGCUGGGAGGGCUGAAAUAUAUGGAAUAAAUGUAAAAUGGUCAGUUUCACGCAAAACUAGGAUCUUUGUAUAAAUUGCGAGUUGCGUUGCAGAAUAAGUUACUGUAGUCAGACUGAACUUUUAUAUACCUGAAGAUAGAGCAAAGUACUAUAGAAGCAGAGUCACUCACUAGUAUCACUCAAGUAUUAACUGAUUGCAUGAAGAAAGAGGUGCCUUUUAUAAAGCAUGCAUUGCUUGCAUUUGUAUACUUCUAUUUUAAAAAAAGGUUUUAAUCUGGCAAUUGUUGGAAGGGAAAAAAAAAACGAUAAAGCCACCUCUCCUGGUUGUAAUUCUUAUAAGUAUUUGAGACGGUUUAAACUUGCGUUUUCUCAGAAAAGCUAAACUCUAGAAGAUAUCCAUUAAUAAAUCCCACAUCUUCAGAUUCUGCUUUUCUGUGCUUUGUGCUCCAGCUUUAGCAGCUCUUGAGGAUCUGCUUUUCUGAUCUGUGUGGUCUUAUUCUUCCAAACUGUGCCUAAUAGCCACCACACCUGUACCCCAAUCACUCUUGGAUGCAACUAUCCCGCACUCGACAGUCUGGAGAAGCAACUCAGUGAGUUACAGACACUGCAGGCAACUUCUAUUAUACCCAGGUAGAUUCUUUGGUGAUUAUAGAUGUUUCCUAUGAUUUGAUUUCUGAGCAGGCUGUGCCUUCCGAUGACAAACUGCAUAAAGUGGAACUCUAAUUGCAAACAAAGUAGAGGAUGGUAAGUACAAACUCUUCUGAGAUUUGAAAGCAAAAAAACCUGCCUCUCAAGAACAAAGCCAUGGUUUAAAAUAACGUGUAAAAAUUGGUGGAGAAAGUACAACAAAUCCAGGUUGAUCUUAAUUGUCUACUUACAGUUUACUGGGAAUAUUUUUUCCAACAAGAGGAAAAUUUAGUCUCAGAAUAUCAAAUGGCUGCUUUUUGUUAACAAUGUAUCUUUACUUCCCAGCUUCCCAGCAUUGUCAAGUUUCAUUACCGUAACACUUAGAUCUAGUUCAUAUUGCACACCAGUCAAAGCUUUGUUCAAAGACUUCUAGGAGGCAACGGCGCUAGCAGGACUUGAAACCAAUAGCUGCAGGCACAUUUGGAGAACAAAUUUCUCCGCCUCCCAGAUUGCCAUUACUUGUUCGUUCACUUGCCUUGAUAAAUCCUGAUUUUAAACUACAGAAAUGGCUGUACUGUAACUUCCCUGUUUUUUUGGUGCUCCUGCAGUAAGCUGGUGGCAGAUGGGUGCAAUGAACAGUCUCCACAGGCUUCUGCGGUUCAGGCUUAUUUAGUGAGUGAUUCACUACACGGAACCUAUCCUAGCACUGUGUACUAUGACUUGGUAGGGACUUGACAGCAUUCUUCCCCUGCCAUUUUUGUAGUCCCCUAUUAGGCAAGAAAAAAGGCUGGCCCGUCCCUUAGCAUUACAGUGUGCAAGGCCUCUUGUUGAUCUUGAUUUGGGCAGCUGCUGCUAUAGCUCAGUGGACGGUGUGCCAUUCCAAGCACAACUUCCAUGUCUACAGCUGAAUCACUUUUUUCCAAGUAAAAUACGUGGGCAUUCUUCUGCAAGGCAUGUUUAAUUUGGGUCCCAAAUUUUAUUAACAUGCUAGAAGUGCUAUACAGCCAAGUCACCAUUUCAACAGUCAAUACUAUUGUUUUGUCUUGAAAAAAAUGAUUGUUUUCUGUAUAUGAAUAAAGAUAUUUGCUUUAAAUUAUAGCAUGAGAAUUUUAAAAAAUCAGUGGCUGUUAACUGAGUUUUUCCAUACUGUAUCUAAGAACUUCAGUUGUAUAUGGAAAUUGAAAAAAAAAAUAGGUGUCUGGAACACUAGGUUUUUCAAAUGGUUUUCUUUUUUGGUGUCUUUUCCCAUGCAUGGAUGUUCAUUUUAAAUUUUGUUGGAGGAUGUUUGAGGUCUCAUGCCUUCAGAUCUUUUUUAUAAAUUUAUGGAAUAAACAAUUCAGUGCCUAAUUUCUACCAUUUUGGAAGGAUUGGGAGAAUUUUUAUUUAUGUAAGAGGACCUGUUUGCUCAGACCACAAAAGAUUUGUUGAGUGUUCUGCCUUGUAUUGUACAAUUUAUGGACUUCCACACACUAAUAUUGUAGAGGACGUAUUUUAUUGACUACCUCCAUCAAAGCCAUUGCCAUUUAAUACCAUAGUAGGGCCCACAAGUGAAUAUUCAGUAGCAUCAAUUUGAUGUUUUUAUCAUGUGUGGAGCAACUGGAGAACUGAGAGACUGCUUUAAGCAAAGUUCAGUUAUAUAAGGUAGCUCCUUUCUCAAAACAGAUCAGCUUCUUCCACAGAAGAUCAGUCAAUCCCAUUCUUUCUCAGCCUGGUUUGAUGUCAGCUGUGCAUGAUGAGCAAUGUAGCCUCAAUAUAUCUGAAGAAUAACCACUCUGUUUGAAGGUAAUAUCCAGAUUACAUUUGAUUAGGGGAUGCACAUAAGAUACAGUGGGGCAAAAAAGUAUUUAGUCA